AUGGUCAUUCCCUUGAUCAGGCUGCCGCUUGAGACGAGGAACACCUUGUACAGCACGGGCAACGCCGGCAAGCCGGGCACCAGCGGGAAGUUGGCGUGGAUAAUGUGGAGGAGGAUUUCCAGGGGGUCGGGAUUAUCGUUCGAGAGGCUGACGCCCCAGUCUUCGGACUCCGGCUUGGAUUCCCUGAACAAGCCCAAGAUCAUCGUUUUACAGAACAGAAAAGAGCGCCGACACGCGCUGGCGCAGACGCGGAACGACCGCUCGGGUUUCCCCGUAUGCAUCCCACCGCGGAGGACGAGGUCUCCGUCCGGGUCGAUUUGGAUCUUUUCGCUCGGGGAGACUGCUGAUUUGGGGUGA